AACAAUGACCUCAGCCUGCGUGCAUAUUACUCCGCAUCCAGUUGCGUAAUACGCCUUCCUCGUAAAACAAUAGUCCACCGUAACUUACAAAAAAUACAUUUACCAGAUAUAUAUAUCUACAUACAACUUAAAAACUGUCUGAAAUAUGAAUUGGUCAAUAGGUAACUGUGUCAACAUUUGCCGAAAAUCGAGUCUGGCAAAAAAAAAAAAAAUAAGAUCCGGUUGCUAAGACAGGAAGCAAGGAGAGACUCAUGGCGCCCGACUAGAAUGAGCCAAGAAUUAUCGGUAACUAAUUGUUGUCCCGUUUAGCGCCUCUACACUGAAGGGAGCCCCUCUACUCGAAAAUACACGGUAAGAAAAAAGCGCGAGGACUGCGGUACCGGCGAGGGGAAAUGAUUUCAUUUUCUUCAGGGACAGCAUUCGGACGGUCUGCGGCAGCUGAGGCCCUCGAGGUCCCCAGUAGAGCUCUCAGAAUGCCUGAGUGGAAAACGGCCGCUGGUGUAAAAUGGCGACGCGGAGCAGGCAGGAUGAAGGGCAGCUAGGCCCGUUGAAAGCGGCUAGCGCACGUUGCUUUGGGGGCUGCAACAUACGACGUGGUCCCUGGGAAACAUUCAUUAAAAAUGAGUAGUUAUGGAUUCAGAGGAGAAUGAGGUGGAGAGCAGCAGUGAUGCAGGUCCCUCAGGGAUGGAGGAGCCGUCUGAAAGUGGCAUGGGUGUGGAGUCUUCUGAGGCAAUGUCUGCAGACAGCAGUGAUGCUGCUGCCCCUCAUGCACAGGCUCCAGAGUCCGACUGCCAUGUAGGACAGAGCUCUGAGGGACUUGUUGUGUUCAUCCCAGAAACCAGCUCCAGUACAGAUGUCCGAGUUUCAUCAGUCCACCUCCCAGACUCCUCUUCUGUGGCCCAGUCUACUAGCGUGUCCAGCGUGUCCACGGUGACUCAGUCAGUGCUGGUGUCUGAGUCAGCCCAAGUAUUGGUCCACUCCAGUGCUGUGUCUGAUGGAGCUAUGAUUGUCUCUGACUCAACUGCAUCUACCUCUUCAGACCUUGGGUCUGCCAUUGACAAAAUCAUAGAGUCUACCAUUGGUCCUGACAUCAUGAAUGGUUGCAUAGCUGUUACCAGUGCAGAGGAUGGGGGAGCAGAAACAACACAGUAUUUGAUAUUACAAGGCCCAGAUGACGGUGCUCCCAUGGUAGCCCAGAUGUCAUCUUCAGUCCUUUCUAAUCGUAUAGCCAUAGAGGGUCUCGCUGAAGGCCCCACAUCCACUUGUCUGGAGCAGGGAGACCUGCAGAGCAACCUUGAACCUGACCAGCUGGAUGAUCAGCCUGGACAUUCAGGUUACCCAGAGGACAGCAGCAGCCAACCUGACCAGCCCCAACACUCCCACCCCUCCCAGUACAUGGAGUGUAGUGCAGAUGGUCCAGACCAGACAGGGGAGUCUUCAUCUUCCUAUAUGGAAUGUUCAGUUGAGGAACCUGACCAGACACGCUCCCAGUCAGGCUUUCCUGAUUACAGCGGUGAUAACAGUGACCAGGACCUUCCUGGAUAUGUGGAAUGCAGUGGGGCUGAUUCAAACCCUACGAGUCAGGGUCACUAUGUGGUGGAGUGCAGCGCUGGGUAUCUUGAGUGUGCAGUGGAUGAUGGAGAGCAGCCACAUCAUUCACGCAGCUACAUUGACAGUAGCGCAGACCACCGAAGCCUGACAAGUCGUCAGUAUGGGGCUGAGUAUGGUGGAGAAUGUGUGGCAGCUGCAGACUCUGAGCAGCCUGGCUGUUCUCAAUACCAAGCACGGGAUGAUGAUGAUGAUGAUGAUGAGCAGAACCAGGAUCCAGAUCAGCCGCAGCACUCCCAACAGCAACCCCAACAUUCCCGGUACGUGGAGAGCAGAAAUGGCCCUGAGGCCUCUCUCUACGCCGAUGACAGCUCCUCAUCAGACCACCUUCUGGCAGACACAGCAGGUUCGGCUGGGCUUCCAGAAGCACUGGAGUGUAGCGAGAGCCAGUCGGGGACCUAUAUUAGUAGUAGUGGGACAUAUACUGCCAAUCCAGAACCCGAAUUGGCUCAACAGUGCUCACCUAGCCAGGAUGAGUCCCAGGUUUCCCAGGGAUCUCAGGAUGAAGGUAGACUUGUAGGGCAGAUGGAGACCUCAACAGUAGCAGAGGGAUCUGGAGACCGACCACCAAAUCUAGCUGAGUUGGAGGAGAUGAUGGAAGUGGUUAUUGUACAGCAGUUCAAGUGUAAGAUGUGUCCAUACAAGAGUGCCUCUAAAGACACACUCAUUAACCACAUGAGAGACAAACACUUCAAACCUCCAGGGGACAUCUCAAAGAAGCGUAAGCGUGGACGACCCCCUAAGAGUGAGACAUUGGCUCGUCGCCAGGCAGAGAGGGAGGAGGCUGAACAGAGGAAAGCAGCCAAGAUGAAAGCUGCUGAGCCCCAACAUGCAGAAGAAGAGGAGGAUGAUAUUGUUGAUGCUGGUGCGAUUGAUGACCCUGGAGAGGAUAGUGACUAUAAUCCAGCUGAGGAGGAUUCCAAAGGACGGCCACCUGCUCUUUUGAAGAAGCCAACUCAUAUUUCCUCUUCCUCACAAGGGCGCCCUCGUCGUAAGGUUGGCCGUCCAGUAAAAUAUAGCUCAGCAGAAGAAGGCUACAACAACAAAGAAGCAGAAAGCAUUGCUAAAAAAACAAGGGUUAGUACUGAUGCUAGUGCUCCUGAGGAGGCAAGCUCUUCUGGGUUAGACAGUGGUUCUGCUGUAGCCACUGAUGGAGACAAUGCUGAAACCACAAUAAGCCAAUCAGACUCUGAAAACAAAGACCCAUCCUCCAACACUCAACCAGAGGAGGAGUUCUUCCCAAGGAAACGAGGUAGACCCUCCAAGCGUUUUCUUCGAAAGAAGUAUAGAAAGUAUUUGAAUCGAAACCGAUAUUAUAAAUCCCUCAAACCACUCCUGAGACCUCACAACUGCUGGAUCUGUGGCUCGCGUUUCCUCACUCAAGAAGAUUUGCGCUUCCAUGUUGACUCUCAUGAAGGCAACGAUCCAGAGCUCUUUAAGUGCCUCCAGUGCAACUAUCGCUGUAAGCGCUGGUCUUCUCUCAAGGAACACAUGUUCAAUCACGAGGGCACCAAACCGUUCAAGUGUGAGGAAUGUGAUUACACGAGUGUCUAUAAGAAGGAUGUCAUUCGCCACUCAGUAGUUCACAACAAAGUUAAGAAAAGGAAGACAGAAUUGGUGCCAAAGGUGUCAGAGUUCCCGUGUCCUGUGUGCAACAGAGUUUACCCCUUGCAAAAGAGACUGACCCAACACAUGAAGACCCACAGUUCUGAGAAGCCACAUAUGUGUGAUAAGUGUGGCAAAUCCUUCAAGAAGCGGUACACUUUUAAAAUGCACCUACUAACCCACAUUCAGAGUCUUGGAGACAGCAAGUUCAAGUGUGAGUUUUGUGACCACACUUGUGAAAACAAAAGGCUGUUGCUGAACCACCAACUAUCUCAUACUAAUGACAGGCCCUUCAAGUGUGACUACUGCAAAUACUCCACUAACAAGGAGGAGUUUCUUGUGUCCCACUUGGCCAUUAAACACACAGGAGAGAAGCCUUUCUCCUGUGAUAUGUGUCACUUCAUGACCAAGCAUAGGAAGAACCUGCGUCUGCAUGUGCAGUGUCGCCAUUCUGAGGCAUUUGAGCAGUGGUCUGUGGCUCACCCUGAUGAGAAUGUGAAGCGAAGACGCAAGCCCUUCUUCACCCUCCAGCAGAUAGAGGAGCUCAAACAACAACCCGACAAUGCAGAGGACUUACAGGGCACUAUUGUUGCAGUGGAUUCUGCUACAUUACAAGUUAUGCAGGGGAUUGAAAAUGCCUCAGUGUCCCAGGAUGCAUUAGGAAACACCACCAUCAUCUAUGAACAAGCUGAAUCCAGUGAUCUUUCGGCCCAGAAUGCCUUGGACCUUCUCCUUAAUAUGAGCAAUGCCCGGGAACUGGUUGGAAACUCCUUACAGGUGGCCGUGCUGAACUCAGAUGGUAAGAGUUUGGAAAAUGGCACAUGGAGUGCAGUAACACCAUGCCAGGCCCAAAAGGUUGUGACCUUCCAUGUGUCAGAAAAUGGUGAGACAGUGCUACAAGAGGCUUAUGAGGCAGCCACCUCUGACACAGGAGAGCUCACCCAGAUUGCCAUAGAAGCCUAUGAUGGCGGAGGGAACUUUAGUGUGGUUGAACAAGCCGCUGAGGAAAUUCAUAGCCCUGGAUACAGUAAUGAGGAGAGCAGUCCUCAGGCUUUAGAGGUGUCUGGGUCAGACAGUCUGAAAGGAGACCAGUACUACAUCACUUCAGCACUGCCUGAUGGUGUAUUGCAACAAGUUGAGCUGAGCACUGAAGCUCCAGCCUCGCCCUCUGUAGAGACCUCUCUCAGUCUCAGCACCAAGAGAUUCUCAUGUCGAAUCUGCAUGGAGUCUUUCCAUGGACGCUCUGACAUGGAGAACCACAAGAGGGCGCACUUGGAUCCUAACACCUUCAAGUGUCCUGACUGUGACUUCACUUCCACUUCAUGGCCUGAGGUCAAGACUCACAUGGGGCAACAUUCUUACCUUCGUCCUCACAAGUGUCCAAACUGUAGCUUUGCCUCCAAGAAUAAGAAAGACCUGCGCCGGCACAUGAUGACACACACCAAUGAGAAACCCUUUUCUUGCAAACUUUGUGGACAAAGGUUUAACCGUAAUGGUCAUCUGAAGUUUCACAUGGAGCGUCUCCACAAUCAGGAUCAUCCUACUCGUAAGACUCGCGCAGCCACACCUCAGCAAACCAUCAUAGUCAACAGUGACGAGGAGGCCCUGGCUACAUUACAAUCCCUCCAGGGACACCAGACAGUCCUCACACCUGAGCAGUUGCAGACGCUGGGAAAGAGGCACAUCAUUGUAGCUCAAGAACAAGCAUCAGACCAGGAGGAGGGCACCUACAUUCAGCGGAUAACAACCAUAGAUGGGGAGACUGUUCAACAUCUAAUGACAGAAGAAAAUCAGGUAACUGAGGUUCAGUACAUCAUAUCACAGGACGGAGUGCAACACUUGAUCCCUCAAGAAUAUGUACAGGUAGUUGUAGCUGACGGCAACCACAUACAGAUACCUGAUGGUCAGAUCAUCCAGUAUGAGCAUGAUGGGAACUUUUUGCAGGAACAACAGAUUGCUGUUAGUCAUGAUGGGCAGAUCCAGUACCUGCCUGUUAGCUCAGAGCAACAGAUUGUGAAUCCUGAGGAUCUGGAAGGUGCUGCCCACACUGCUGUCACAGCCGUGGCAGAUGCAGCGAUGGCCCAGACUCAGAGAGUCUACACUGAAGCUACACCUGAACAGCUGGAGCAGCUGCAGCAGCAGGGGAUCCAGUACGAUGUCAUUACCUUCACAGGGGAAUAAAUGGCUUUUCAAGCUCACCAGGCUACAAACCUCCCAGAACAGAACCAAUAAAAAGACUUUGGACUGAUGCGAACAGUGACCUCAACCUAUUUAUGCAUAUAGCUGCCUGGGAACUGAAUCAUCAUCUCCUGCUUGGUGAUGGUUGCACUGUUAAAGAUCAGCAGCGUUUUGUAAAUUUAGAUUAUUGCUCCUAUUGUUUCUAAUUUAAUCAUGCGCAAGGCCUGGCAAUUAAGAGUUGGUCUGUCAUAAAAAAUUUGUGUUUAUGUGCCUCAAAUGCUUCAAUUAGUAAGACAGUGCCAAAAACACGAAGGCUUAGAUCAUGUAUCUAUCUGAACAUUCUAACUAAAAAGAACAAUUCAACCAGGAGUUUUUAUUUUGAAUCUAUAAUAUGUUAAUUAGUAGAAUGCUACAACCCUGUGUUUAUUGAAUAUUGAAGUGUACAAACAUUUUUGCAUUUGUCUUCUGUUCUUUAAAGGAGAAUAUGUUUUUGAUUUGUAAAUAUGAAGAGAUAAUAAGCUGAAAGCUGAUACCAAAUAAAUCACUUUGUGUAAACAUUG